GUCACGUGACGACACUGCCUCAUUCAGCAGCGAGCGCGCGCACUGGUUUAUAGAGAUUUGCACGUGAGAACGCGACAAACCAUCACUCGCACGCGCUGUAGCCUAAUUCUCCCUGCUCGUUGCGUCACAGAAGAGGUUACGAGAGGCAUUUGUAUCCUUUGCCAAAGCCUAAACGCAUCCGAGAACAUUACGAUGGUAGACUUUGGCAUUUAUCGUUUUUCUCUGCGCUUCUUCCAUACUUCGUGCCAAGGCGUUGAUUGCAGUGGAUGGGCAGAACGUGCCAUGCUUGGUUUCUAAUCCCGAAAGUGCCCGUGUACUCGGGAAUCUCGUGCUAAGAAGAUGUAAGGACCAAACAAGCCUCACCAGCCUUUUCCCUCAAACCAGCAUCUUCUUUACAAAAAUGCAGAAGGGAAUGCGACUUAAUGAUGGUCAUGUCACCUACCUGGGUCUUUUGGCAAAGAAAGAUGGUACGAGGCGAGGCUGCUUAAGCAAAAAGAGCUCCGACAACACAAAAUGGCACACGAAGUGGUUUGCUCUGUUGCAAAAUAUGCUGUUUUAUUUUGAGAGCGAGUCCAGCUCUCGACCCUCGGGACUAUACCUGUUGGAGGGAUGUGUGUGUGACAGGUCGCCCUCACCCAAACCUUCACUGUCAGCCAAGGAGUGCUUAGAAAAACAGUAUUAUUUCACAGUCAGCUUCAACCAUGAGAAUCAGAAGGCCCUAGAGCUUCGUACUGAAGAUGUUAAGGACUGCGAUGAAUGGGUGGCAGCAAUAUCACAUGCCAGCUACAGAAACCUGGCUACUGAGCAUGAAACCCUCAUGCAGAAGUACCUCCAUCUACUCCAAAUUGUGGAGACCGAGAAAACAGUUGCUAAGCAACUUCGACAACAGAUAGAAGAUGGAGAGAUAGAGAUUGAACGUCUAAAAUCAGAGAUCGCUUCAAGGCUCAAAGACAAUGAGAAGAUUCAGUCAAAUCCCACCACUGCCCCCAGUGAUGAUGACUCUGAGAUCAAGAAAAUCAAAAAAGUGCAGAGCUUCCUGAGGGGCUGGAUGUGCCGGAGAAAGUGGAAGACCAUCAUUCAGGACUAUAUCCGUUCUCCACACGCGGAGAGCAUGAGGAAGAGGAACCAGGUCGUCUUCAGCAUGCUGGAGGCAGAAGCCGAGUACGUCCAACAGCUUCAUAUCCUUGUCAACAACUUCUUAAGACCACUUCGCAUGGCUGCCAGCUCCAAGAAACCACCCAUAACUCACGAUGAUGUCAGCAGCAUAUUCCUAAACAGUGAAACCAUAAUGUUUCUACAUCAGAUCUUCUACCAGGGCUUGAAAGCUCGAAUAGCAAGUUGGCCAACAUUAGUUUUGGCUGACCUCUUUGACAUCCUACUACCCAUGCUAAACAUCUACCAGGAGUUUGUGCGUAACCACCAAUACAGUUUGCAGAUCUUGGCCCACUGCAAGCAGAACCGAGACUUCGACAAACUGCUUAAACAGUACGAAGCCAAGCCUGACUGUGAGGAGCGCACCUUGGAGACGUUCCUCACCUACCCUAUGUUCCAGAUUCCUCGAUACAUACUGACCCUCCAUGAGCUGUUAGCACAUACACCACACGAGCAUGUGGAGAGAAACAGCUUGGAUUACGCCAAGUCCAAACUGGAAGAGCUUUCUAGAAUCAUGCAUGAUGAGGUAAGCGAGACGGAGAACAUUAGAAAAAACCUCGCCAUUGAGCGUAUGAUCGUGGAGGGCUGUGAGAUUCUCCUAGACACCAGCCAGACCUUUGUCAGACAAGGAUCUUUGAUCCAAGUGCCCAUGAGUGAGAAGGGUAAGAUCACCCGUGGCCGCCUGGGCUCUUUGUCCCUAAAGAAAGAGGGUGAGAGGCAGUGUUUCCUGUUCUCCAAACAUCUGAUCAUCUGCACUAGAGGUUCGGGAGGAAAACUGCACCUCACUAAGAAUGGUGUGGUGUCACUCAUCGAUUGCACAAUGAUAGAGGAGCCUGAGGGUACAGACGAUGAGUCCAAAUCAGACAAGAGCGGCCAAGACAUGGAGCACUUGGAUUUUAAGAUUGUGGUGGAGCCCAAAGACAGCCAAUCCUUUACCUUCAUCCUAGUGGCCUCCUCACGGCAAGAAAAGUCAGCGUGGACCAGUGACAUCAGCCAGUGCAUAGAUAAUAUUCGUUGUAAUGGCCUGAUGAUGAACGCCUUUGAGGAGAACUCUAAAGUCACUGUGCCCCAGAUGAUCAAGUCUGAUGCCAGUCUAUACUGUGAUGACGUGGACAUCCGGUUCAGCAAGAUGAUGAACUCGUGCAAGGUGUUGCAGAUUCGUUACGCCAGCGUGGAGCGACUCCUGGAGAGGUUAACCGACCUGCGUUUCCUCUCCAUCGACUUCCUUAACACCUUCCUGCACUCCUACCGCGUCUUUACCAGUGCGGAUGUCGUACUUGACAAACUCAUCACCAUAUACAAGAGGCCUAUCAGUGCCAUUCCAGCCCGAUCCCUGGAGCUGUUUUUUGCCAGCAGCCAGAACAACAAGCUCCUAUACGGAGAGCCUCCGAAGUCCCCUCGCGCCAGCCGCAAGUUUUCCUCUCCACCUCCGCUGGCCAUCAACAAGACCUCGUCCCCUAACCGUCGUCGGAAACUCUCCCUCAACAUUCCCAUCAUCACGGGAGGAAAAGCUCUAGACUUGGCCGCCCUCAGCUGUUCCUCUAAUGGCUAUGCAAGCAUGUACUCCACCAUGUCCCCUUUCAGCAAGACCACACUGGACAUUAACAAGCUCUACGUGUCUAGCCCAAUCGCGAGCAAGAUUCCAGAUGAGGGCGAGAGCAAGACGGACAAGGCUGAUGAGCCGUCGGUGUCCAAACAGGAUAUUUCGGUGAGAGAGGAAAGCGACAACGACCAGAUCCAGAGCGAUGAGGCCGAGGCUGAAGUAUCGCCCACAAAGUCGCCCACGACUCCUAAGAACAUCAAAUGCAAAAACUCCUCAGAAUUCUCUCUGUUCUCUUACAAUAAUGGCAUGGUGAUGUCCUCCUGUCGGGAGCUGGAUAACAACCGUAGCGCCUUGUCUGCUGCUUCUGCCUUUGCCAUAGCCACUGCGGGUGCCAACGAGGGCACGCCAACCAAGGAGAAGUACCGCCGCAUGUCUCUGGCAAGCACAGGGUUCCCCACAGAUCAGAGGAAUGGCGAUAAGGAGUUUGUGAUUCGUCGAGCAGCGACUAAUCGAGUUCUCAACGUCCUCCGGCACUGGGUGUCCAAACACUCGCAGGACUUUGAAACCAACACUGAGCUAAAAAUGAAGGUGAUUAGUUUCCUGGAAGAGGUGAUGCAUGACCCGGAACUCCUGACCCAGGAGAGGAAAGCUGCAGCCAAUAUCAUUAGAACCCUGACGCAGGAGGAUCCUGGUGACAAUCAGAUCAGUCUGGAGGAGGUUCUGCAGAUGGUGGAAGGAGGAAAGGCCGAACCUUUUGAGAAUCAUUCAGCUUUGGAGAUAGCAGAGCAGCUCACCCUGUUGGACCAUCUUAUUUUCAAAGUCAUACCAUAUGAGGAAUUCUUUGGUCAAGGAUGGAUGAAGAACGACAAAAACGAGAAGACACCUUACAUCAUGAAAACCACAAAACACUUCAAUGAUAUUAGUGACCUGAUCGCCACAGAGAUCCUGCGCAGUGAGGAUGUUAAUGUACGGGUGGCAAUGAUAGAGAAGUGGGUGGCUGUAGCUGACAUCUGCCGCUGUCUCCAUAACUACAAUGCAGUGCUAGAAAUCACAUCAUCGCUCAAUCGCAGCUCCAUCUUCCGGCUGAAGAAGACCUGGCUCAAAGUUUCCAAACAGGUUGGAAAAGUAAACUUUCAAACCAAAACUGUCAUUGACAAACUGCAGAAGUUAGUCUCAUCUGAAGGAAGGUUCAAGAACCUCAGAGAGGCCUUGAAGAAUUGUGACCCACCCUGUGUGCCAUAUUUGGGAAUGUACCUUACGGACUUGGCCUUCAUUGAAGAAGGGACCCCCAACUACACAGAAGAUAACCUGGUCAAUUUUUCCAAGAUGAGAAUGAUCUCCCAUAUCAUCAGAGAAAUCAGACAAUUUCAGCAAACAGCAUACAAGAUUGAUUACCAGCCAAAGGCAGCACUGUAUUUACUGGACAGAACCUCUGUGAUGGAUGAAGAAAGCCUGUAUGAAGCCUCGCUCAGAAUCGAGCCUAAAGUGCCCAACUGAGAGAAAUGCUCUGCCUGAGGUCUACAUACUGUACAGACACCACGCUUUCUAUACAGACAUGUGUUACCUUCCCCACUCCAUCAUUAUUACUCCUGGAUGUGUUUCCUUGUUUUUAGUCGUUACAAAAUGUCCCUAAUUGUUUCCGAUCUUUCAUUGAUGAGUUACCUGUUUCGUUGUUUAGGGAAGUCAUGUUUUUCCCAUUGCAACAAUUCUCUUUUGGUCACCGCCACAAUAAAGAAGAGGUAUGUUUUUAACAGUACUUACAGCAGGAUCUACUGUAACCAAACAGUGACGGCUAGCUCAACUUUUUGUUUUAGGUGUGGGCAUCUUACAGGCUCAUCCAUAUCACCUCCUUAAUGAAAUAUUAAAAGCCGACAGGAGCAUUUUGAAAUUUUAAUAGAUGCAUGUAACUAAUUUACAGUAUAUGCAUACCAUGUAGCAAUGUGGAAAGUAGAUAUAUUCCUUAUAUUGUUAAAAUAAUAUAUUAUUCAAAGGCACAUGUCACUGUACUUAACUAAACCAAUUCCAGUAUCUUUAUAUUUAUUUGUUGUGAGCAUCACAACGGGUGCAAUGGACAUGCCCAGAUUGCCGUGAUAUUUUUUAAACAUUUUGGCACGAGUUAAAGCAGACAGUGUAUAGUUUGCUGACGUGUCAAUCACAUUAGAUCACAUGGCAUCUCUCAUGGAUGCAUUCUUGCAUGUGUAAUUUUCAUCCUCUGUUAAUGCGUGUAACAUUGUAACUUUAGUUGCAGAAAUUUAAGGCAUCAGUUUUUUUUUUUGAUUUGCUCAGAACAAAAUUAGAAGAAAGACUGUCUUUACCAAAAGAAGCAAGGACUAUGUGAUCUGCAUUAAAUAUGGUUAUAUUUUUCAAAACUAGUUGUGCUUCUUUACACGUUUACUGUAAGGUUUCUGUUGCUCACAGCCUCAUUUUUUGGCAUACAGUAUGGGUUAAAGUUUAUUCUGGAUUUAUCACUCUCUCCUUCUACACCAGAUUAUCCAGCUAUUGUACAUUUACAGACAAUCUAUGUCCUUUUUGCUGUUCCAGUGAUUGUGGAACGUGACUAAAUAUCACUUUGUAAAAUACAUUGUCGUAUAAGAAUGAUCAAUAAGUGAAUGACCUUCCCGCUUGCAACACACAAAGGGUAUUUUUGUAGUCAUAGAAUAAAGAUGCAGUUUUUCAUUAGUUUUCCAUUUUUUUGCCUAAAAAUGGAAAACUAGAAGGUAGAAACAUUUUUUUGUACAAACAUUGUCAACUCACCACACAGAUAAAGGAUUCUGUAUAUUUUGUACAUGCAGCCCUAUGUAUUUCUUAUCAUGUACUAGUUUAAAGCACACCUCUUUAAAGCGUGUAUCCUAUGCUCACACACUCAAUGCUAUAUGAUUUGUGAUUUUGAAACCAUGACCUAGAGGUAGAGGACUUUAAAGUGUUUUUGCAUAUACUGUAAUCCUGUCUAUAAUCAUUCUCUUAGCAGGAAUAUAGUAAUGUAGUGCUUAUUCUGUGAAUAUUUGUAUGUAUUUUUACUAUGUACAGUCUGGAAACACAUUUAAAACUCACGUGGCAGGCAUGCAACACUGUAUCAGCCAGAAACUUCAAAAAGGACAUAUAAUAUAUAAGAUAUAUAUAGAUGUAUAUAUAUAUCUAGAUCGAUUUAUAUAUAGAUCUAUAUAUACAAACUGUAUACACAUCUAUGUGCACAUACUCUUAUAAAUGAUAUAUAAACAUACAAACAUUUUGCUGUUAGCAAUACCCAGUGGUAUGAGAAUUAUCUUUCAACCCUUAAGUUUAUUUCCACAGCUUGGGAAAUAUUUCCAGUUUUGUACAAAAAAAGAAAUGAAACCGAAAAGAAAAAGAGAGAAAAUUAAUUAAAUAAACUGUAUGUUUCCUGAUUACCUCUUGCUAAUAAAUCUAUUCUAUCUCA